AUAUUAUUUUAAACCAUGAGAACUGUUAUUUCUUUAUUAUUAGCUAUCUUAGCAUUAGUUUCCGUUUCAAGUGCCGUCAAAUGUGGUAAUUACAAAAACCCAUUAACAUGUGCCAAUAUGGAGCCACCAUGUUUUUGGGAUGGUAAAGUAUGUAAAAUGAUCUACCCAAAGUCAUGUGAAGAUAUCGAACAAUCUGAUGAAUGCCAACUCCAUGAAGAAAAAGGUUGCAACUGGAAUAAUGAACAAUGUAUCACCUUAAACUCCAAAUUCCACUGUUCAUCUAUCAAAAACGAAUUCGAUUGCACCAUCGAAAAUUGUGCAUGGAAAGACAACCGUUGUGAAAACUAAAACUAAAUGAUUUAUGUUGUAAAAACCAAUUAAAUAAUUUAAAAUAAAAAUAAUUUAAUAGUAUAAAUAGUACUAUUUAAAUUAUUCAAACUUUAU